CCUCUUUUGUUCAGAGUCUGUUUUCUACGGUCUGACUCUCUCUCUAGCUCUGUUGGAAAUGAAUGUCAGAUAGAAUGGUAACCGUUUAGUGUGUGAACUGGAGCUAAACUGGUACAACAGUAUUACAACUGGUGAGGACUGAGAGAACAGGACUAAUCCAGAGACUCAGCACUCAGGAUUCCAGCACUAGAGAGAGGAAGUGAAGUCAGUAGAUCAGCCAUUCCACACGAGGGACUGCUACAAAAUGGCCUCCGUAACUCUCUGAAGAGGAGCUCUUCUGUUUACAGUGAAACACUCAGAGAUCUUGUUCUCCUGUCAUUUAAAUUCUGUCUACGGCAGAAGUGUCCAGUCUGAGAAGCAGAGGAAAAACAACUUCAAUCUCACUGCUGAAGCACUAGACUGAGAAGCUGUGCAUGAAGGGGCGGAGACAGUGAUGUCAUGGCCAGCAGCACCCAAACAGACAAACAGGAAGUCCAGCACAAUGUGGAAGCAGGUGCAGGUGCUGAGAGUCAGACAUCUGCAGCAUCUCCAGCUAAAGCCACAGAUCAAGUGUUUAAUGCUCGGAUUGAACUCAUAAACAAGAUUGGAGAUGCUGCUCUCAAAGAUCUGCUGGAUGGCCUUCAGAAACCCACCACUGACAUGGGCCCCGUUAUUACAAAGAGAGAGAGGAAUGAGGUUCUGCAGAACCACAGUGUGACUGAGGACCAGGUGACCUGCCUGGUUGACAUGGUGUGGAAGAAGGGUGAACGGGCCUGUGAGAGAUUUCUCUCCCUCCUUAAAGACAAGGAGCCUGGUGUCUAUGACCAACAGCAAAUGAUCCUCAAUCUUAAGGAGUGGAUCUGCUCGCAGUAUAAGACCUUGCAGGAGUACAACUCCCUACCUGGACAGGACGUGCUGUUGACUGACCGCUACACUGACCUGCUGAUAGUCCAGCAACACAGAAAGCAGAAAGAGAAAGAGAAGGAGAUUCGUUUCAGAGGAGCGAGUCUCUUCAGUGCCAGGGAGGCAUAUCAAAGCACCACUGUGGACCAGUUCUUCAGCCCUAAUGACCGUGGAGACAUAACUAAAGCAGUCAUUCUUCAGGGCCACUCUGGACAUGGCAAAUCCUUUAUGGCACAGAAGAUCAUGUUGGACUGGGCAUCAGGUAACCUCUACCAGGAUCGAUUUGAACUUAUUUUACACCUGAGAUGUAAAGAACUGAACCAAGUGUCCAGAGAGAGGAAUGACAGGUGUGUGGUGGAUCUUGUGAGCUACAAUAAGACAUUUACCCCACUGAUCUCACAGAAACUAAAGGACUCACCACAGAAGGUGCUCUUCCUCAUAGAUGGAUUUGAUGAACUGCGAUUCACAAAUGAAAUCAAUGACUCACUUGUCAUUUGUCAAGACCCUUUCACACCAGCUCCUGUUGAGGCCAUUCUGAGUGCUCUGUUGAAGGGUACAAUCCUGGACGAUUGUUUCCUGCUGGUCACCACCAGGCCCACUGCUGCAGACACACUGAGCAAACUGCUCAAACACCCUCUGCGUUCAACUGAGACUCUGGGUUUCUCUGAGAAGGGGGUGCAGGAGUACUUCCAGAGGUUCUGUCAAGAUCAGCAGGUAGCAGAGAAGGCAUUGAGGAGUGUGAAGGCAACUGGAACACUCUUCUCUUCCUGCUCCAUUCCGGUCAUCUGCUGGAUUGUCUGCACAGUUUUCCGGGAGCAGCUAAAAGAAAAUGCUGAAAUGGCUGAGCUGGAAACAACCACCUCCAUAUUUGUCCACUUUGUGUCCACUCUGCUGGAGCAUCACUGCCAGGGUUUGAGUCAAUCCGUUCCUACUCUGCUGAGGAGCCUGGGCCAGCUGGCAGAGAGAGGGAUGCUGGAGCAGCAGGUCCUGUUUGAGAAGGAAAGUGUGUUGAGUACAGUCUCAGAUCCAGCCAGUGUUCCCUUCCUGUGCAAAUUCCUCAUGAAGAAGAAAGUCCACCUGGAGGAAAUGUUCAGUUUCAUGCAUCUCAGCUUUCAGGAGUUCUUUACUGCACUCUACUACACCUCAGACCAGAAUGAUGAGAAAGUCAAUGAGCUGCUCGGUUCUGUCAAGGAAUAUGACGGCAAGUCCUAUGUCCUACCCGUCAUUCAGUUUCUCUUUGGCCUCUCAAAUAAGGAGGUGGUUCAAAACCUGAAGGAACUUAAGCUGCCUUCCACUCCUUCCAUUCGAGGACAGCUAGAAAAGUGGAUUCUUGAACUCAUUGAAAAAAGUAAAGAUUCAAAGAAAAGUAAUGAGUUGCUGUUCAUUCUCCACUGUCUCUGUGAGCUCCAUGAGGAGGAGUUUGUGAGGAGAGCCAUGGAGGUUUGGGGUAAGAUAACCUUUGCUUCCAUUCCCCUGACGAGUACAGACUGCUCAGUGCUGCUGUACUGCCUGCAGCGCUGCCCGACCAUCAGAAGCCUGGAGCUCAACGUGUGCAACAUCACAGCAGAGAAGCUGAGGAUGCUGCAACCUGCACUGAGCAGGUGUGAGGAGCUGGGGUUAGUUGUUGAGGAGCUGUCUGAUGCUGAUGUGAAUGAUCUGAUCUCAGCUCUGGGGAAAGGACAGAUCCUGAGUGGACUAGGUGUGUUGAUGAGCAGUCUGUCAGAGGAGAGUGUGCAGCAGGUCCUCAGCGCCCUCUCCAGGCAGAAGUCUGUGGGUGCAGUUGUGCUCUCAGUGAAGACCAUCACCAUCACCACUGCUGAGAGGCUCCUGCAGUUCUACAAGACCACACAGAUCACAGAGUUUGUGGGGGUGCGCCUACUGGAGGGGGCUGAUACAGCUGAGAGUCUCUGUUCUCGUGUCUUGAUGAGAAGAGAAGAGGAAGAUUUCCAUCUGGUGAUUGCCCACUCUGGAGAUUCCUCUCCUGAAUCUGAAACCUCUGGACUGGGUCUAGAUCUGCUGUUCCCCUCACAGAUCUCUGACAUCAUACUGAGGGAGAUCCUCCACAGGUUCCAUCGCCUAAGACGUUUCACAUACAAUAUUCUACUGUUUGAUUUGUGUGUGGAUGCUCUGUUGUCCUGGCUGGCCUCUCUGCCUGAUCUGAAGGGGGUGAUUCUGCAUGUGAGCUGCCUGACUGAGAUCUGGGCCACCAGGAUCCUCCAACUCAUCCACACCUGCCCCAGUCUAAAGGGAGUAGAGUUGCACCUACCGAAGGGGACUGAUACAGCUGAGAGUCUCUGUUCUCGUCUCUUGAUGAGAAGAGAAGAGGAAGAUUUCCAUCUGGAGAUUCUCCACUUUGGAGAUUCCUCUCCUGAAUCUGAAACCUCUGGACUAGGUCUACAGCUGCUGUUCCCCUCACAGAUCUCUGACAUCAUACUGAGGGAGAUCCUCCACAGGUUCCAUCAGCUGAGACGUUUCACAGACAAGAGUCAAGAGCAUAAUGAGUGUGUGGAUGCUCUGUUGUCCUGGCUGGCCUCUCUGCCUGAUCUGAAGGGGGUGAAUCUGGAAGUGAGCUGCCUGACUGAGAUCUGGGCCACCAGGAUCCUCCAACUCAUCCACACCUGCCCCAGUCUAAAGGGAGUAGAGUUUGAAGCCGCUGUCUAUGAUGAGAGUUUUGAGAAGGAAGAAGGUUUGUUGCUGGAGGAGGGGAUCUGCUUACUGAGGCGCCCAGACUGCACCAUCACACUUACAGGGAAGCGCUGCUGUAAAUCCACUGAGAAGUGCACUGAGUUUAAGGACAGAAACCUCAGCUGUAAUGAACUGUGGAAGGGAUCUUCCUCACGUCUCCAAACUGAUGAAGAGAUGGCAGCAGAAGAGCGAGCUGCAGCAGUCCAACACAACCAGCAGAAACACAAGAAGAAAAAGAAGAAAUGUGUUUUAAUGUGAUCUGUCCUCCAAGGACUGAGAGUAUUGGAUUCAGAACUUUAGAUUUGUAUGUCCCAGCACUGAGGGUAUUGGAUUCAGAACUUUAGAUUUGUAUGUCCCAGCACUGAGAGUGUUGGAUUCAGAACUUUAGAUUUGUAUGUCCCAGCACUGAGAGUAUUGGAUUCAGAACUUUAGAUUUGUAUGUCCCAGCACUGAGAGUAUUGGAUUCAGAACUUUAGAUUUGUAUGUCCCAGCACUGAGCGUGUUGGAUUCAGAACUUUAGAUUUGUAUGUCCCAGCACUGAGAGUGUUGGAUUCAGAACUUUAGAUUUGUAUGUUUAUGAUUAGUUUAUGUCCUGAUUUUCCUGUUGUGUGCUCUUCCACAUAUAAAA